GCCCAGCCGGCUUCCGCCGGGAAUGAAGAGGGUUGCGGUUGGCUCCGGUCCCGCGGACCCCACGCGCGUCCGUGGAGCCCUCGGGCGACUUCCAUGAGCCCCUCCCAUCGCUCUGAGACCCGCUGAGUUUGCUUCCAUUGUCCUCUCGGCCGCGGGCUCCGGAACACCCGUGCGAGCCCACUGCUGAUGCACAGACUGCCAUUGCGCCGCUGUCACACCGUGCGUCCCCCGCCCCAUGGAGCCGCCCGCUGGUGCCGCGGCGACCGUAAAAGAUCCAGACCAUGACCCCGUGAAGACCAAGGUCUCGGCGCCCGCCGCGGACCCCAAACCCAGGACAUCGUCACAGAAGGCGGGGCACUCGUUACAAGAUUGGGACACCAUAGCCACCGUGGGCACUGGGACCUUUGGCCGUGUAAACCUGGUGAAGGAGAAGACAGGCAGGCAAUACUGUGCCUUGAAGAUUAUGAGUAUCCCAGAUGUCAUCCGCCUGAAACAGGAACAGCAUGUGCAGAAUGAGAAAGCAGUCCUGAAGGAAAUAAACCAUCCCUUCCUCAUUAAACUGCUUUGGACAGGCCAUGACAACCGCUUCCUAUACAUGUUGAUGGAGUUCGUGCCUGGUGGUGAGCUCUUCACCUACCUGCGUAAUCGUGGCCGAUUCUCCUCAGUUGCUUCAGUCUUCUACGCCACAGAGAUUGUGUGUGCCAUAGAAUAUCUACACUCAAAGGAAAUCGUAUACAGGGACCUGAAGCCUGAAAACAUCCUUCUAGACAGGGAAGGACAUAUUAAACUGACAGACUUCGGCUUCGCCAAGAAACUGGUGGAUAGGACAUGGACUCUCUGUGGGACACCAGAAUAUCUCGCCCCAGAAGUCAUUCAGAGCAAAGGUCAUGGAAGGGCUGUGGACUGGUGGGCACUGGGCAUUCUUAUAUUCGAGAUGCUGUCUGGGUUUCCCCCAUUUUUCGAUGACAACCCGUUUGGGAUUUACCAGAAAAUCCUUGCAUGCAAAAUAGAUUUCCCCAGACAAUUGGAUUUCACCUCUAAGGACCUCAUCAAGAAGCUGCUGGUGGUGGACAGGACCCGACGCCUAGGCAACAUGAAGAAUGGGGCAGAAGACAUCAAGCGGCACCGGUGGUUCCGAGGUGUGGAGUGGGAAUCUGUGCCACAAAGAAAACUGAAGCCACCCAUUGUGCCCAAGUUAUCGGGUGAUGGUGACAUCUCCAACUUUGAGACUUAUCCAGAGAGUGAAUUGGACAAGACACCUUCUGUAUCUGACAAAGACCUGGAAACAUUCAAAAAUUUCUGAGGAUGAGAACUCAUGUCUGAAAGAUGUAUGUGAAGACAUCGAUACCACACCAUACCACACCACAGCACAACAUACCACACCAAUGGCCAGAACCUUUUUUGUCGUACGUUUCCAUUUCCUACUAUGAAACUAGAAGGUUUGGUGUGUGUAUUCCAGUUCCUGAAAGAUCAAUACAAUCAUCACCCUUGGAACCCAGCCUCAUUUCAACAACUGGAAACCUGCCCAAUGAGAAUUCGCAAAACCUGUUAAAUUGUAGGUUUUCUCCUUCUUCAUGAGUCUUGUGUUUGUGCUGUGAAUUUUGUUUCUUUUUUUGUUUGUUUGUCUUUCUACUGAACUUUUUAAGUUUGAAUUUGACCCAUUUGGUUUUAUGGCUGUCAGUGUAUAUGUGCACAGAAAUUGUGCAAACUGGAAAUUUUGGCACUUUGUGCUUGUGACAUGUUCAUUUUUUAAAGCUUUCUGAAAAAUCUUUCACCCUACAGGCAAAAAAAAAAAGGGUGAGAUAUAUGCUUUUUAAAAAUGCCUUUCUAUGCAUUUUGCAAUCAUUUGUGUACAUUGUUUAUUUAGUUACUGUUUGUUUAUUUAGUUCCUUUCUGGUCACUUUAAACUUGGAAGUCAGGAAGCCACAUGCCCUGCAGACCCUUAUUCAGAUAUAGCACAAAUGUGUGGCUUUCCUCCAAUCUUCCAGUUUAGAUGUUUUCAGUAAAAUAUCCCUUCCUAAAGUUAAGCCAGAACUCUGCAUACAGCAUGGCACCUGGGUGCAAAGAUUGCCUUUUUAUGAUAAUACAAAUGUACCCACAUCCCCACAAGGGAACUUUAAGGAUCCACCCCUUAAGCCCCUCCCUCCUCUGUUGUAAAUGGCAUUUUCUUCUCACCAUCUUAACUUUGUUCUCCCAGCCAUGUCCGUCCGUGAAAACUCAGGUUCCAGGCCGGGAACUUCUAUGAAAGUUUGUACAGAGCUGUAUUUUUGGUGAGCUUUCUCAGUGCUUUCCAAUAUGCAAACUAACUGGGUUAUGUACCUCAAACAAACAAACACAUACAGGAGAUAGAAUGCAGGAUUAUAAUCAAGUCCUGUCAGUAGAUGUUUGCUAUUAAGUAGGAAAUAACAUGAAAUUAGCAUAGGAAAUAUUGCCUUAAUUCUAAACACACAUGGGGAGAUCACACAUGCGCACAUGCACCCUCUGUGUGCUCCUAAAGCACCUUGCAAUCUGACUCCAAUCCUAAAAAUCAAAUAAAAAACCCUUAAUCAGGCUGUAAAUCAAAUGACACUAUGCGAUGUCACUACAGUGACAUCAGACAUCAUAUAGGAAUCAUAAUUUUCUAUUUUAAGAUUUUUAAUUCUGUGUGUACAUGUGACUGCAGUACACACAGCCAACAAGUGCACCAGAGACCCUACAGCUGGACUUAUAGGCAGUUCUAUGCCGCCCUGCGGAUGCUGAGAACCAACCCAACCUCGAUCCUCUGCAGUCCAUGUAGUUAACAUGCAAGAAGGGGUGGUAAGGCAAAAGCAGCCAUGAAAAAGGGUGAGGGAAAUAUGUCCUGUUCUUAACUCUGAGUCCAGGGAGAGUUGUGCACCCAACACCUUCUCAUGAAACAAUGGAAUAGUUAAUAAAUUUCAAAUUUCUCUGGUGGUAGCUUGAUUCGAACCAAAGUAUAAAAGAUAAUCACUAGCAAAUAAAAAUUUAAAAACAAAUUUCUGGGCUGGAGAGAUGGCUCAGCGGUUAAGAGCAGUGACUGCUCUUCCGGAGGUCCUGAGUUCAAAUCCCAGCAUCAACCUGGUGGCUCACAACUAUCUGUAAUGGGAUCCGAUGCCCUUUUCUGAUGUGUCUAAAGACAGCUACAAUGUACUUACAUAUAAUAAAUAAAUAAAUCUUAAAAAGCAAAAAAAAAAAAAAGGAAAUCCCCUCUUUUAAAAAAAAAAAAAACAAAUCUCUAUGCUCUUCAACUAAGACUGACUUUAAUGUUUAGUACAGAUAAAGUACUACGUGCUGUGGAUUGGUGCUUGUCUCACUAAACUAGCUGUUACAUGUUACACUGUAGAAUGUGAUUUGAUGGCUUAAUACUGUUCACAGGACCCUCUGGCUGUGCAAAUAUCCCAACAUUGGACCAAAACAUACCAAUCACCACUGUGUUGCUAGGUGAACCCUAGUGAAAAUUUAGCAUUGUGUGGGUCUUGAUGUUGAGGUGAAAAUCACAGAAAGGGUCUCACUUCUGACUGUAGAUUUGAAAUAUGUUGAUUUCCUGGGAUUUGUUUGUUUGUUUUUGUUAUUGUUUUGGAUGAAGCUCCGUAGGAAGCAUUUGAUGAACAUUCAACACCUGUCAUUCUUAUUUGUCAGAACACUGUAAACCACCUGAAACUUAUAAUGCAAAGUCAAGGUUUAUGUGUGAGUUGGUGCCCCCAUUAGGUUGUGUUUGUUCCCAUCAGUUUAGGGGGAGGAUCUGCUUCCCAACUGUUAAAUGUUACUAUCAAAUCUGCCUUUGAGUCUCACACCCUUGCAUCUGGCCUCACAGUUAUUUGGGAGAGGGAGGUUGCUCCAGUUGGUUAUGUAAUAGACAUCAUGACAUCAUUAUCUGUGUGACUUAGAGAAAGUGAGCACCCCAGCGCUCCUGGUCCUCACAUGUCAGACUAAAACCCCUUGUCACCUCCGUUCUUCUCAGAGUGUGGGGCUCAUCACUUGACCUGCUAUAACACAGGUCCCACGUGCACUGUUCAGGUGCACCCCCCCCCCUGCUGCCGAGCAACCGUCAGCUUGCCUGAAAUUAUGCAGAAUGAAAAAGCCUGUUUCUUUUUCCUUUUUUAUCCUGAUGCAUAUUAAAAAAAAUCACUGUGAUUUGUGUGUAUAUCUCUCUAUAUAUUUGCCCCAGGAAAACUUUCUGCUGUCUAAUUUAUAAAAUACUAUUACUGAGUCCAGGUUUGUUUAAUAAAAGUUUGUAUGUUUUAAGAAA